AUGUUCGAAACUCUAUAGGUGUCAAACGAUGGCACGAAAACUAGUUUUAUUAAUAAUAAUUUUAAUGGUCUCACAUGCUUUCAGUGAAUCUUGUGUUAGUCACACGUUUGAAAGUGAUAUUGAUGAGUUCUUUAUGCAACCGUGGUUUUGUGAGGACAUGGAACAUGAGACGUGGAAAGUCGGGACUUAUGACAACAUUAAUUUGUCUGGACAAGAUGAACGAAGUAGUACAUUUAUUACUCCAUCAGAUACGUUUACAUGUGCGUCUACUAUGAAGUUUCCUAUGACGAAUGGUGGCAGAGUUGAAGUGCGGAUUUAUAUGGACUCUGUAGCGAAUACUGACCAAAUAACAGUGUUAGCGAAUGAGUUCGUGGAAGGUGGUGUUCACAGCACUGUUGGAUCAGCUGGAAAUUCUCCGCUUGCUGACAAUUAUGUCAACGGUUGGCAUACGUUGGUAGCCGACGUGGGCAGCUCGGGAACCUCUUUGUGUUAUAAUAUAAUUUUGCUGUCAUGUUCUUUGGCCGUGACCGUCGCUCAAAAAGUGGGGGACACAAGCAAUGAUAUCAUUGAUGGUCAGAGACGGAGUACCGGUGGCUACGGACUGUUGAGACCCGGGUACUCGUCCGGGUAUAACCCGGGUGGGUACGGGGGCUACAACAAUGGCUACGGGGGUUCUACAGGGGGUUACGGCGGUGGACUAGGGAGCUACGGAGGUGGGAUUGGCGGCUACGGAGGUGGUUUAGGUGGUUACGGAGGCAGUCCUGGCUACGGAGGAGGAUAUGGGGGUAAUCAAGGCUUUGGUGCACCUGGAUUUGGAUCGUAUCCAGGACAGGGAGGAUACCCUGGCGGAAUUGGAGGUUCAGGCGGCUACGGUGCCGGCGGCGGUUACCCGGGCAGCUUCGGCGGCUACGGACAAGGAUAUCCGGGAUACGGCGGCAGUGGUUACCGCCCAAACAGGCCAGGAUUUGACUACAACUCGCGUCCCGGCUACCCGGGAUACUCCGGCAGUAACACAGGCUACCAAGGCGGCUACCAGGGUGGUUACCAGGCCAGCUACAGACCCGGUUACAGCAACCAAUACCGGCCUGGCUUAGACCGCCCUUAUUCAGGCACUGCCGGUAACUACUUCGGCGGUUACGGCGAUGGCUACAGUGAGAACUUUAGGUUCUUAGGCAGAAAAGUUGGGGAAAUCAAGGAGAAUGACGAGAAGUCGUAGUUGAUUAGUUAAGAUUUUAGAAGUAAUUUAACAUUUAAGAUCUGAUUUAUAUUGUUGCACUGAUUGUCUAUUAAUAAAAAUAUUUAUAGUUGA